AUGCAGGAUCUACAUCUUCCGAAGGGAUAUUCUCCUUCCGCUCAAGAAGACUACAUGAAUCCUCAACAGCUCAACUACUUUCGUCAGAAGCUUUUGAGGUUGAAGGAAGACACCCUGCGUGGUUUAGACAAAUCCAUGCCCUAUCUGCAGAGACAUACUCAUCAAGAGGCAGAAGAGAUGUCUCGAGCCACUCAAGAAUUAGAGGCGUCUCAAGUGUUUCGCAUCCGGGAGCGGCAAUACAAGCUUUUACAGAAGAUAGAAGCAGCAUUGAAACGCAUUAAGUCUGGAGACUAUGGCUAUUGCGCAAAGUAUGGAACUCCUAUAGGGCUUGCUCGAUUAGAGGUCCGCCCUAUUGCCACAUUGAGUGUCAAAGCUCAAGAAGAGCAUGAGCGCUCCUACGAUAGGUCCUUCAGACAUCAUGAUGAAGACGUACUUUCUGAGCAAUGA